AAAAAAAGAAAAGAAAAGAAAAAAAGAGGGAGAGGAGAGGUGAGUUCGGUUCUUCUCCCUCCCUGGGACUGAGGCAGAGAGAGGAGAAGCGAAGAGAAGAGAAGAGAAGAGAAGAGAAGAGAAGAGGGAGCCAUCUAAGGAGAGAGCCUCUCAGUUAGUCAGAUCCAUCUGAAAGGUGAGAUAUUAAAUUAGAUCCGGAGAGAGCUUUCUUCACUCUUCCCAUGGCGAAAAUGCGUCAGAUCUCUCCUCGGCCCCCAUACAUCUCUCGUUGACUCGAUCUCUUCCCCUGCACACCAUACCAUUAGCAUUAGCAUUAGCAUUAGCACAGCCAGAGUUUGAUCCCAUAUCACCCCCCCCAUUCCUUUUCGCUCGAGCAAGCAGAACCGGAUCAGCUCCUCGGUUCGUGAGAAAAUGUAUAUGGCAUAUGGCUGGCCACAGGUCAUCCCCCUGGAGCAGGGGCUCUGUCCUUCUUCUCAGCACAUCGUCUACCUCAGAGUCAUCAAUCGCCUCUCGCUCGUCGUCUCUCCCUCUCAUCUCGAGCUCUGGAGCUCCUCUCAGCAUAGAGUGAGAUUGGGCAAGUACAAGCGAGAUGCGGAUUCGGUGCAGAGAGAAGGAGAGUACGUACAGGCCGUGUGGAGUCCCGAUGCCAAAUUGAUUGCUGUCCUGACAUCUUCCCUCUUCCUCCACAUAUUUAAGGUACAGUAUUCAGAUAAAAGAGUACUAAUUGGAGGGAGGCAACCAUCGGGAUUGUUCUUUGCAAAUCUCUCUCUUGUCCUCAAUGAGCAAGUUCCUUUUGCGGAGAUGAACUUGGCUGUGAGCAACAUCGUGUGUGACAGCAAGCAUAUGCUGCUUGGACUUUCUGAUGGUUCACUAUUCUGCAUCUCCUGGAAAGGAGAGUUCUAUGGGCCUUUUGCUCUUGAGAGCAUUGGUAAUGGAAGCAAUCAAGCUAGUGAUUUACCUCAACCGCUGAGUAAUGGAGUUUCUACUGAGUGGAAACAUGGAACUCCUGAACAUAAUUCUACUACAAAGUCUGCUAUCGUCCAUCUGGAGCUUUACUUGUCCAUGAGGUCGCUAUUUGUGUUAUAUGAUGAUGGGCAGCUCAUGUCAUGUUCUGUAAGUAAGAAAGGUUUAAAGCAGGCUGAUUUGAUUAAGCCAGAAAGAAUUGUGGGUAGCGGUGAUGCUGUAUGUGCUUCAGUAGCUUCUGAGCAGCAGAUCCUUGCUGUUGGCACCGCAAAGGGAGUUGUUGAGUUGUAUGAUCUGGCUGAAUCGGCAUCACUUAUUCGAACCGUCUCUUUACAUGAUUGGGGGUAUUCUAUGGAAGAUACGGGUCCUGUCAGUUCUAUUGCUUGGACACCAGAUAAUUCUGCCUUUGCAGUUGGCUGGAAAUUUAGAGGGCUUACUGUUUGGUCUGUCUCUGGAUGUCGUUUGAUGUCAACUAUUCGCCAAAUUGGUCUAAGUUCUAUCUCAUCUCCAAUGGGGAAACAGAAUCAAGGUAGUAAAUUUGAACCCCUGAUGGGUGGGGUCUCCUUGAUGCAGUGGGACGAAUUUGGAUAUAGGCUCUAUGCUAUUGAGGAACGAUCCCUGGAGAGAAUUCUUGUAUUUUCAUUUGGCAAAUGUUGCCUUAAUAGAGGUGUUUCAGGCAUGACGUAUGUGCGGCAAGUGAUAUAUGGUGAAGAUCGUUUGCUUGUCGUGCAGUCUGAAGAUACAAAUGAACUUAAAAUGCUGCAUCUUAAUCUUCCAGUCUCCUAUAUUUCUCAAAAUUGGCCAGUUCAGCAUGUGGCUGCCAGCAAAGAUGGAAUGUAUCUAGCAGUUGCUGGUCUCCAUGGGUUGAUAUUAUAUGAUAUACGGUUCAAGAAGUGGCGUGUGUUUGGAGAUGUAAGUCAGGAGCAAAAGAUUCAGUGCAAAGGACUGUUAUGGCUGGGAAAAAUUGUUGUUGUCUGCAAUUAUGUUGAUUCUUCUAAUACGUAUGAAUUGCUUUUUUAUCCAAGAUAUCAUCUUGAUCAGAGCUCACUACUCUGUCGAAAGCCUUUGCUUACCAAACCAAUGGUGAUGGAUGUAUAUGAAAAUUAUAUUCUCGUCACCUAUCGACCAUUCGAUGUCCACAUAUUUCACGUCAGCAUAUCUGGUGAAUUGUCACCAUUUAGUACUCCAGAUUUACAGCUUUCUACAGUACGAGAACUUUCAAUCAUGACUGCAAAGAGCCAUCCUGCAGCAAUGCGGUUUAUCCCAGAUCAGCUUCCGAGAGUGGUCAUUUCAAACAAUCAUCUUGCGAGUUCUGAUUUUGUUGCCAGAGAACCUGCAAGGUGUUUAAUAUUGAGAGUGAAUGGGGAGCUUUCACUUCUUGAUUUGGAUGAUGGACGGGAAAGGGACCUUACUGACUCUGUUGAGUUAUUCUGGGUUACCUGUGGUCAAUCAGUGGAGAAGACAAAUCUGAUUGAGGAGGUUUCCUGGUUAGAUUAUGGGCAUCGCGGAAUGCAGGUAUGGUAUCCGUCUCCUGGUGCGGAUCCCUUUAUGCAGGAGGACUUCUUGCAAUUGGAUCCGGAGCUGGAAUUUGAUCGAGAAGUGUAUCCCCUUGGCCUUCUACCCAAUGCUGGAGUUGUUGUUGGGGUGUCCCAGAGAAUGUCAUUUUCAGCGUGUACAGAAUUUCCAUGUUUCGAGCCAACUCCUCAAGCUCAGACCAUAUUGCAUUGCUUACUUCGGCAUCUUCUUCAGAGAGACAAAAUUGAGGAAGCUCUAAGACUGGCACAAUUAUCGGCGGAGAAACCUCAUUUUUCGCAUUGUCUGGAAUGGCUUCUUUUUACUGUUUUUGAUGCAGAAAUUUCCAGACAUAACAUAAACAAGAACCAGACAUCUGGUCACAGAAACACUGUUAAGUUGUCCUUAUUGGAGAAGACAUGUGAUCUGAUUAGAAAUUUUCCCGAGUAUUUCGAUGUGGUGGUUAGUGUUGCAAGAAAAACCGAUGGUCGUCACUGGGCAGAUCUAUUUUCAGCCGCUGGCAGAUCCACAGAGUUGUUCGAGGAAUGCUUUCAGAGGAGAUGGUAUCGGACUGCAGCAUGCUAUAUUCUUGUAAUUGCAAAACUUGAAGGUCCUGCUGUCAGUCAGUAUUGUGCUCUACGUUUAUUACAGGCAACACUUGAUGAGUCCUUGUACGAACUUGCAGGAGAGCUGGUGAGGUUCUUGCUAAGAUCAGGAAGGGAAUAUGAACAGACAUCAUCUGAUUCAGAAAAAUUAUCUCCUCGAUUCUUGGGGUAUUUUCUGUUUCGUUCUAGUUACAGGAAGCAGCCUACCGACUAUAGAAGCAGCCCGUCAUUCACAGAACAGAGUGCUCAUGUUGCUUCUGUAAAGAAUAUUCUGGAAAGCCAUGCGAGUUAUCUGAUGUCAGGGAAAGAACUUUCGAAGCUCGUUGCAUUUGUGAAAGGCACACAGUUUGAUUUGGUGGAUUAUCUUCAACGAGAAAGGCAUGGAUCUGCUCGACUGGAGAGUUUUGCCUCUGGGCUUGAGCUGAUUGGACAGAAGCUUCAAAUGGCUACAUUGCAAAGCAGAUUGGAUGCAGAAUUCCUCUUGGCUCAUAUGUGUUCUGUGAAAUUUAAAGAGUGGAUUGUUGUUUUGGCGACCCUUUUAAGGCGUUCAGAGGUUCUUUUUGAUAUUUUUCGGCAUGAUUUGCGCUUGUGGAAGGCUUACAGUGUGACGCUACAGUCCCAUCCAGCAUUUGUGGAGUAUCAGGAUCUCGUCGAGGCCUUGGAAGAGAGGCUUUCAUCUCUCAGCAACUCAGAAGAGAAAUAGAGAAGGAAUCGCAUUCAGCCACUAGUCUCAGUAGACAACCUGAACCUGUACUCAGUUCAGGAUAAAAGGUCCUUGGGAGGAAACAGACCAAAGCCUUAAUCGAUGUCCAAAUGGCCUGUUAUAGCACCGGCAGGAAGGCCCCGGUGUGUUGAAGAGGAAGAGGCUCACAUCAUUGAUGAUGGGAUGGGAUAGGUACGAUUUUUGUAGAUAAAAAAGAAAAAUGGAGAGUAGAUUUUUCCCCAGGAACCACAUAUAUAGUUGUGUACGAGGGGAUCCUCUUUGUUUUUUGUUCCAACACCCCCCCCCCCCCCCCCCCCCCCCCCCCCCCCCCGCGAUGACUUUUUUCUUGUUGAUCUAUUUUCAUUUACUGUAUUACACUAGUGUUUUCCAUUAAAUAUUCCUAUGAAAGACAUAGUAUAUCUUCGAGAGUGCAAGCAAUAAAGGUGAUGGGUUGGCCAAUUCGAUUCA